AUGCGAUCCGAAUGUUGCAAUUUGGAACAGAAAAUGAAUACGCUUGGAAAGGUUGCAAAUGCUGAAAUAAGGAGACCUAACGAUCGAGUAAUCAUUCUUGAUGCUGGUGCUCAAUAUGGCAAAGUAAUUGACAGAAAAAUCCGUGAACUUCAAGUUGAAUCGGAAAUUUUGCCAUUAGCCACAACAGCACAAUACAUAAAAGAUCAGGGAUUCAAAGCUAUUGUUAUCUCAGGUGGACCGAACUCUGUGUAUGAUAUCGAUGCACCGAAGUAUGAUCCUGACAUCUUUAAAAUCGGUCUUCCGAUCCUCGGUAUCUGUUAUGGUCUUCAAAUGAUCAACAAAGAAUUCGGUGGUUCAGUACAUAAGAAAAACCUACGUGAAGAUGGUCAAAUUAAUAUUCAAGUUGAUCCAUCAUGUCCUUUGUUUUCAAGCCUUCAAAGUACACAAUCAGUUCUUCUCACACAUGGUGAUUCCAUCGAACGAAUUUGUGACAAAUUCAAGGUUUGUGCGACGAGCUCUUCUAACAUUAUCGCUGGAAUUUACAACGAACAAGGGCGUAUUUAUGGUGUUCAGUUCCAUCCUGAAGUUGAUCUCACUCUUCAAGGUAAAAAAAUUCUCGCAAAUUUCCUUUUCGAUAUUGCAAAACUCACAGCAAACUUCACAAUGGGUGGAAGGAAAGAAGAAUGUAUUCGAUAUAUUCGCGAGAAAGUGGGAAAUAAUAAAGUUUUGCUUCUGGUCAGCGGAGGUGUUGACUCAACAGUGUGUGCUGCUCUCCUACGUGUUGCUUUACAACCAAGUCAAGUGAUGGCUGUUCACAUUGAUAAUGGAUUCAUGAGAAAGAAUGAAUCUGAUAAUGUUGAGCGAUCGUUACGUGAAAUAGGAGUGAAUUUGGUAGUUAAACGAGCAUUUCAUCAAUUCAUUAAAGGAACAACGACAGUAAAAAUGCCAGGAUCACUUUAUACAACUGAGACGCCAUUGCUUAGCAUGACAGUAAAUCCUGAAGAUAAACGAAAAAUAAUUGGCGAUGUGUUCAUUAAAGUGUCGAAUGAAGUUCUUCGCGAAAUGAAUUUGAAUCCUGACGACGUUUUCUUAGCUCAAGGAACACUUAGACCAGAUUUAAUUGAAUCAGCUUCAGCUAUGGUAAGCUCAAAAGCCGACACGAUCAAGACACAUCAUAAUGAUACAGAAUUAGUAAGAAAGCUUAGAGACGAGAAUCGAGUAAUAGAACCAUUACGUGAUUUCCACAAAGACGAAGUACGACAACUUGGAUAUGAUCUUGGAUUACCAACGCAUCUUAUUGAACGACAUCCGUUUCCGGGGCCUGGUCUUGCAAUUCGUAUUGUCUGUGCAGAUGAUGCUUAUAUUGAGAAGGAUUUUAGUGAGACUCAAGUUGUCGUCAAGCUUAUUGUUGAUUACGCUGAGAAAGUGAAGAAGAAUCACGCACUCCUUAAUCGAGUAUCAGGUGUAACAACAGCCGACGAGCAGCUUGAAUUAUGUCGAAUUUCAAGUAACAUCGUACUCUCAGCAACAGUUUUACCAAUAAGAAGUGUCGGUGUACAAGGCGACCAACGAAGUUACAAUUAUGUUGUUGGUCUUUCUAGUGAAACGCAACCAAACUGGCAAGAUAUGAUAUUUCUUGCACAACUUAUUCCUCGUAUAUUACACAAUGUUAAUCGAGUUUGCUUUAUUUUUGGAUCGCCUGUUAUUUAUCAAAUCACUGAUGUGACGCACACAUUUUUAAGUAAAUACACGUUGGGACAAGUUCGACAAGCAAAUCACAUUGUGAACACGAUUCUUGACGAGUAUAAUUUAACAAAAAGCAUUUCACAAAUGCCUGUCGUUCUAAUACCGUUGCACUUUGAUCGUGAUCCUGUUGAUCGUAAACCAUCAGCACAAAGAUCGAUUGUUCUUCGUCCCUUCCUUACGAAUGACUUCAUGACCGGCAUGCCUGUUAUUCCUGGAAGUGAUAAGCUCCCGAUACAUGUAAUCGAGAGAAUGGUAACAGAGAUUCUUAACAGCGUUCCAGGAAUUUCUAGAGUUCUUUAUGAUCUUACCAGUAAGCCACCAGGUACCACAGAAUGGGAGUGAAGUUGAGAGAGAUUGAUAGAAAAUUAUAACAGCGAUCAAGUUGGAAUUGAAAUGCAAAUGUCGACAGAUUCUUUGAAUGUUAAAGAAUCGAAUAUGUUAAACUGAAGUGCUAAGGUUUCAGGAUUGCAUAACUAGGAUCAUAACGAUUAUAAAAUUAAAACAAAAAGAUGUUAAUAUAAUUUAAAUCCCUGAUUGUCUUUACUGCAAAUGAUUUUUUUGUCAUUAAAAAGGAAAUAAAAUUUUAUCAAUUAAAAAUCUA